ACAAUUAGUCAAUUGACAACUUGUUUUCAUGAAUGUAGUUGUAAAUGAUGUUGAUGUAUAAAAGUGAAACACACACCAAGUUGCCUAUUUCGUUAUAUUCCUUUUUGACAUUGGACAUACUCAAUUAUUAAAAAAUGAUUGCAGCGAGGCAAUUAGUGCGGAAUCUUCAAAGCAAUAAAAUGGUUGUAGCAAAAUCUUUAUCAACAGCAAACACUGAAGCGACAAUUAUUGCUAAUGACCAUCCCAUAUGUGGCAUACUUACAGUGAACCGUCCCAAAGCCCUUAACGCUUUGAAUUUAGAUAUGGUGAGACAAAUUACAAAACAUCUAAAAACUUGGGAACGAACAAAAAGUUUGGUCAUUGUGAAAGGAGCCGGUGAAAAGAGUUUUUGCGCCGGUGGUGACGUUCGUGCUAUUGUUGAAGCUGGUCUUACUGAAGAAUCGAAAUCAUUUUUUCGUGAAGAAUAUCAAAUGAAUGCCCUAAUAGGAUCAUAUCGCAUUCCAUAUAUUGCAUUUAUCGAUGGUAUAACAAUGGGCGGUGGCGUUGGAUUAUCAGUUCAUGGUAAAUAUCGUGUUGCAACGGAAAGGACAAUGUUUGCUAUGCCAGAAACGGCAAUCGGGCUAUUUCCAGAUGUUGGUGGAUCAUAUUUUCUACCACGUCUCCAAGGUAACUUAGGUUUAUAUCUGGGUUUAACCGGUUAUAGAUUAAAAGGUGAAGAUGUUUUGAGAGCGGGUAUAGCAACACAUUAUUGUGAAAGCUCAAAACUCAAUGAUUUAGAAAAGGCCUUAACAGACUGCAAAGAUAUCAUCGAAAUACCUAAUAUAUUAUCUGCAUUUUCAACAUUGCCAAGUAGAGAAUUUGUAUUGCAAGAACAUUUAGAGAAAAUAAAUAAACACUUUAGUAAACGAAGUUUAGAAGAAAUCUUAAAAAGUUUAGAAAAAGAUGGAAGUAAAUGGGCGGAAUCAACAUUAAAGACUUUAUUAAAAAUGUCUCCAACAAGUCUUAAAGUUUCCAAAUACCAACUAGAACUUGGAAGUUGUAUGUCGCUUCAAGAAUGUCUGAAAAUGGAAUAUCGAAUGGUAUUGCGGUUUAUGGAAGACAGUGACUUUAAGGAAGGAGUUCGAGCUUUAUUAAUUGAUAAAGAUCAAAAGCCGAACUGGAAACCAAAUUCUGUUGAUGGUGUUACUGAAGAUCGUGUUAAUUUCUAUUUUGCCCCUUUGCCUUUAGAGGAAGAAUUACAAUUUGACAUUAACAUUUUGAAACAUAAACUUUAGUUUAAGUGCAAUUUUAUUGAUGCUUUUGCUGCUACCUCCUCCUUUCAACAUAAUAUAGUCUUUUUUUUUUUAAUUUCCAAAAUCUUUAGUUUUGUAUGAGUUCAUUUAGUUUAUUUAAACAAAUUGUGAAUAAAAAUCUAAUUUUAAUUUUUAAUAAAUUUUAAAAAUUUAUUUUUAAAA